AUGUCACCGAACACAUCGCCACGACGCCAGGCCGGCGCAUCCAGCCCCAGUCAAUCGCGAAUUCCACGGCUUCAGGGACAAGCCUCGCAAGGCAGAGAUGCCGGCGCUGCCGGGCUUAUAUCACGACCUACUCCGAUCCCUCAAUGGCCCUUGCCGGGUCCCAUACCAUCCCCGGUCACCUCGUCCGGUUCUGCGCCAUACAAGCCCCCUCCGGGUCGAUCGCAGCCUCCGCAGCGCCCUCCACGCCCAAGUCAAGUGCCCUCUAUUCUCGACAGCUCCCGUGUGCAGGAUCAUACACCCGUCUUCCAGUACAAUGCAAGGGAUUCGACCCAGAGCCAGGACCUGUCGGGUUCCGUACCUCCCACGCCAUCAUCAAGGCAGACGCAAUCGACGAUCUCGUCUGUUGGCUCCAUCCCUGACUUUCCCAUGCCCGACUCUACAAGUCAAACCCCUGGACUCGCGCCGCCGAGGAGAAGUGUCGGGCUUGGCCCACCACCAUCGUCAAGGAGAGGAGACUCAUCGUUCUAUUCGAACGCCUCAUUCGUCUCGCCGAUCCCCGAAGAAAGCCCUCGCUCACGGUCCCAUGGGUCCUAUGCUUCGAGUGCUGCAAUCCCCGAAAGCUGGGGCACAGAAUCGCCAGAACCUAGCCCGGCCUAUCAAGACAGAUUCUUCGAAGAUCCAAUCACCGAAGAGGAGAGCUUCAGAUCACAGGAUGACGAUGGUGAUGAAAGCAAACUUGUGAGGAGCGCCAGCAUCGGCAAACGAGGCAAGCCUGCCAUUGUCAUGAACCGCGGCGUCGGCGGAGAGUCAUCCAUGCCCGCAGAGCCGUCGCCGGCUGCGUUGCGACCUGCGCCAACUCCCGUGCAGGGGCCCGGAUACCCGUUCCAGACGGGCACCGGUUUUCUCGACGUCUCAUCGAGUUCUUCGGAGAGUCUCUCCUGCAUCGCGCAGAACUCGCUCGUUACCUUUGAUGGACGCUCAACCCGUACAGGCGGCGCCAACUCGGAAGUCGUCAUUGAUAACGACAACGGCAUCGAUAACAGUGGCGGUACAGACCAGCCAGCCGCAUUCGAGCAGAUUCCCUUCCUGACCAUCACCCCUCCGUACCGUGUCACGACUGUGGUGACAGGCACGGUAACAGUGACGACAACGAUCACGGCGUUCCCACAGAAUCCGCCGUCGACGAUCACGCCGGCGCCGGUGACGCCGACUGCGCCCACGACAACGUCAAGCAUUCCCUCGCCGACGGCCACAUUCAUGGUGACGGAGGAAGUGCUCGACUUCGCCCGAGCCGUGGUCCUCUUUGUCCUUCAGGAGAGAGACCUCCAGGUGGCAACAGCUUCGCAGACAUCGCUGCAACGGUUCUUUUCGCAGGCAAGCAGCGGCAGCCAAAACACCAGGGACGGCGUGACACAGCAAAUGGCGGCGAGCUUAGGCCUCGCGGACGGAAUCACGGUUGAUCUCGUCCACUUCCUCGUGGACAUUUCGUCGAGCGGGACCUCAGGAGGUUCGAAAAGGCGAUGGGUGGCGGAGGAGGCCAUUGGCCAGCUUGGUCGGGCGCAUGUACCGACGACCACGGCGAGUCGAGGAUGA